AUGUCUUACUCCAAGAUCCUUCUCAUCUCUGCCGUUCUGGCCGCUGUCGAAGCCCGCUUCGGUCAGGAGCAGGUCCCCGUUCAAGCCGUCUCUUCUCUGCAGGCUGGCAACCCCGGUGAAGCUGCCACCCUCGCCGGAGGUAUCCCGGGCGUUCUCCUUGCCGCCGCCGACCCUUGCGACAAGCUGACUCUCGCCGACAAGAUUGCCGCCCUCGGCACUGGCGCCGAUGUUCUCGAGGCUGCCAAGGGUGUCGUUGCCGCCGAGCAGAACUUCAAUCCCUUCGUUGUCAGCGUCCCCAGCAUCUGCGGCGAUGCCUCUCUCCCCGCUACCGAGGCCCUCCGUGGCAUCGUGCCCCUCGUCGACCCGGCCGUCACCGGAUCCGAUGCCGAGAACGCCAACUCGGCCACUUCUCUGCAGACCCCCUUUGAUGCCACUGGCCUGUCUGUCGCAGAGGUGAUGCAGGCUCAGGGCUUCUCCAACUUCACCAUCAAGGGCCAGGCCGCUGGUGGUGCUGCUGCCGGAGGCAAUGCCAACGCCGGCAACAACAAUGGCAAUGCCAACACUGGUAACGCCAACAACAACCAGAACAACGGCAGCCAGAACAACAACAACAACAACAACAAUGCCGGCAAUGCCAAUGCCAACACCGGAAAUGCCAACGCUGGAAGCUCCUGUGGCGGUGCCGCCAGCGGAAACGCCGGUGCGAGCAACAACACCGGUAACGCUAACACUGGCAACGCGAACAACAACAACAACAACCAGAACAACAACCAGAACAACAACCAGAACCAGAACGCCGGCAACAACAAUGCCAACAACGGCAAUGCCAACACUGGAAACGCCGGCAACGCCAACAAUGGUGGAGCUGCCACCGGUGCCGCUGACUUCGGAAAGUGCACUCCCACUAUCGACUUCCAGCUUGGCCGUGCCGGCCGCAAGGCUGACGAGGGAACCUUCCUGCCUACCGACGCUCUCGUUGCCCAGGGUCAACAGGAUGCCCUCAACCCCAACAUCAUCAUCAACCGCGUCUGCGAUCAGCUCACUAACGUCUGCGAGGCCAACGAUGCUGCCAAGACCCAGUGCCUGGACGCCAAGGCUCAGAUUCUGGCCUCCGGUGACAAGAGCGCAGCUGUUGCUACCACCUUCAACGGUCUCCUCGGAUUCUAA